CUGAAGCUUAACCGAUCCUGUGAAAUAUUAUUCCUGACAGUCGAAGAUCAAAGGCUGCUAUUUUGUCAGCCAUACGAGAUGCGGUGCAUUACGGGAACCUGGAUUUUCAUCCUGUUAGUGGCAUUGUUAAGAGAUACCGAGUCACGGAAGCCGACGAUGAUCCCUGAAAAAGAGCAGCUUGUCAUUAAAGAGGGAGACGAGCUGAGAUUGUCUUGUCGGGGUGACGGCCCGAUUCAAUUUUCUACCAUGAAGCUGUCGGGAGACAAUCGGCAAUCGAAUUAUACUAUCGUUUCCGGUAACAAUAAGGGUGAAUAUACCUUCGUUGUACCUCAUGCAGCGGCAGUGGACACCGGAUGGUACGGUUGCGCCGAGGACGGAAUAACUAUUAUCAAUGAUGAGCAAACGAUCGAACGUCCCGGCGAAGAUAUUAGUUGGAUUUAUGUCUUCGUGAACUCCGCGAACCGAUCAUUUGCUACUAAAGUGAAUCUUGCGGGUUCAGAGAUAAUCAGAUUGCCUGGAAGUUCCUUUGUCAUACCGUGUCGGACAACGGCGGAAGACCUGAAACCAAAAUUUCUCUACUUUUAUACGGAAGCAAAUCCGGCGGCACACGGUUUCAGAUUCGAUCCGAAAAUAGGAUUCAUUAAAGAUGAAGUCGGCGUCGAGGACUACGGGGAUUACACUUGUGCAUAUCCGUUCCCCAAUAAUGUCGAAAAAGACGAAGAACAGACUUAUCACUUGGAGUUAGAUCUCGACAAUUUAAAGCCUCCGUUCGUCGAUGAGAACGAAUUUCAUCACUUGGUGUGGGGAAGAAAUCAGACUAUCACCUGCAACAUCAGUUCUGAAACUCACAACUGGGAUGAGGAUACUUAUUACCUGAAGUGGACAGCACCGAGUUCAGUACCGGAAACAAGAUUGGUUCACAAGAAUCCUACCGCAGAGAGUACUCAAUUGACAAUAAUAAACGUUGAAGAAAGUGAUAGCGGGGUAUAUAUUUGUACCGUGAUGGGACAAUUCAGGAACAAAAGUACACCGAUAAAGGUUCAAUUUCACGAUCCUAAUCGUCCACAUCUCAAGGUAAUCGAAUCCAGUGAGAAUGCCACAUUUGUAAACGUUACCGAAAAAUCAACAGCAGUUUGGGCGAUAGAUAUUGACACGUAUCCCAAAGCAACGGUGACAUGGCUCUCUAAGGACAAGACGGUAAUUACCGAUACAAGCAAGUACUCGCAUACUGUAGAUGGAUUACGUCACACGUUCCAAAUAUCCGACGUGAGAAUUACUGAUGUAGGAGUCUACACGAUCCACAUCGACACUUCGAACCAAACUAGAGACUGCGAACUCGUACUAAUGGUUCAAGCCGCACCGGUGGCUCACAUCGGUGAAUCUUCGUCAUAUUAUGCACUGGGAGAGACCGCGAGAUUUUCUUGUUAUACUUCAGGUUCACCGUUACCGAAUAUAACAUGGAGUUAUUUGGAAUACCCCGCUUUUCCAUCAAAGACCAUUGUCAAUCGUGCAAAUUUUUCGAAAAUAUCAAACGAACUUUCCAAAUUUUCCACCGUUGACUUGGUUUCACAUGCCAAUAUAACGAUCAACAUGGCGGGAGAUCUGAUAUGUAAAAGCUGCAAUAACAUCGACUGUGUCGAAGUUAUUCAAUCAAUAUUCGUUUCCGAUGGAAAUGGAUCCUUCGGUAUAAUUGAUCCAGGUUACGUUGUGGAAGGUGAUAACAUCGAUGUUACGUGCGGCGCUUCUGUUCACAAUUAUACCGAUGACAUUACAUGGGACGUGAAGAACGCUUCCAGGAACGGAAGCGUGAUAAUCAAUCAGCGGAAGACGAACUUCACGUUUCAGUCAAUUCUUGUAUUAAAAAAUGUGCAAAAAUCGGAUUCAGGAGAUUAUUUUUGCAAAGCCGUAAAUAAGAAUAAUCACGAUGAGACGAUUGUAUAUCAUUUGUCGGUACUGGACGCGCAUGCGCCGUCAAUCAUCGAAUCGAAUAUGAAUAAUUCUGAAAUUUCAAUCGACCUAGGAAAGGAUGAGAAGGCUACUCGUAGACUAACUUGCAUUGUCGAGGGAAUGCCCUUUCCAGAAAUAACAUGGCUCAAGGACGGUGAACGGCUUGAAAAUAACGAACAGUACGUCAUUUCACCGAACAAGUCUGAGCUGCAUAUAAGAUACUUCUUUGGUACUGACAGUGGAAAUUACUCUUGCCGAGCGAAAAGUCGUCUUGGCGUUAGUGAGAAAUCCUUGAGACUUUUGAUCAAAGAACCACCUCGUAACAAUGCAGUCUGGAUCGGUUUGAUCUGUGUUCUCAUCGCAAUGAUUGUCGGAGUGGUCAUUUACAUGAGAUUCAAAGUAAAGCGAGAAGAGCGUUUGAAGCAAGAGUAUCGUAACAUGGCACUUUCGCAACUUCAACAAAGGUCACCCGAUUUCAAUCUCAACGAUGAAGAUGAGCUGUUGCCCAUUGAUCAGGUCGCAACAGCGCGGCCACAACUCUAAUCCGUAGAGUUUAUACGCUCAUGGUCGUUAAAAUCUUGAAAUUUAAUAUUAAGUUUCUAGAAACAGUCACACUAACAAACGUACCAGUUUUACAGAAAUAAUCUAUAACACGCGUAUGCGUAUAUGUUUCUUCCAUGCAUCGCACGUAUGGCCGACCUUGAAGUAAUCGCAUCAUUUUCUUGCAUAAUAGUAUAUUACGAUACAAGUGCGCGAAGUACGUGAUUCCUGCGCGAGUGCGAGGGUCACAUACGCGCGCACGUAUCGUAUACUAUUUUUUACAACACCUGUAAUGGGAAGUUCGACUCGAGAAAAUUGGAACCGUGGUGGCGUAACCUGACCGUAGCUGCAACACGGCGAACGCGAUCGUGGUCAAAACUCAUCGCGUCAGAUGGAGUUAGCUUAGCUCUGAAAACUGUAUCCUGCUGAACAUUACCUAACUGUUUUCAACAGUAUCUAACUCUUUUAGAAAUGUAGGGGAAUCGGGCGCUUCGUGCAUACUUUUCGGUACGCCAAUUCGAACUUCCCACGCAGGUGUCACAAAAAGUAUCGAUUCCGUCAGGGGGGCCAAGUCUUUUUCACCUUGCGUAUUUCCAAGGUUCCGUGCGCUCUGAAAAGACCUAUUUAGCCUCCAUGAUGCACAAUUUACCUCUGUAGUUUUUGGAAAGAUAGACUCAGUACCUGUACAGAAAAUACAAAUAUUUUUGUAAACUUUAUAUGCCUAAGUUGUUAUUCAAAAUACAAUAUAACCAUUACAAUUGAAUUCAA